AUGGCGACCAUCAACCUGAUUUUUCUCACUCUCUUUGCUAUGUCCCACAUCGAAAUGUGUGUCCGCACAAUCCCACCGGACGGCGCUACCGUAAGCACCACGUCAGCUACAGUAACCACGGGAGCAGGUGAUCCAGAAGAAACCACUGCAGGUGUGGCGACUACGGCGGGUGGUGGUGGCGGAGGGUCACGAUUCUGUCAAGUGGGACUACCCCAUUCGGUGACCGGGUCCCUUGGGAUUCCGGAAUUGGUAUUUGAAGAUGAAGUCAUCCAAGGCACAUUCCAGUCCAAGUUCAUAUGCUCUACUCGAGAUUCUUCAACUUGUGGGUCUUGGACGAUUACGAAUAAAAACCCGACGGGUCCGUCGACGCCACUAGUUGAGGUCAUGGACGACGUGAACAUGAUGAGUAUCACUUUGACGUGCGGAGCCGAUAACCAGUACUCGUGGGAGGGAACGCUACCAGGAGCCACGGAGAGUACUGUAGUAAAUGGAAUCACUGAAAUCACGUGUCGUGUUGUAUGUGCAUAA